CUGCUAUUUGAAGGCCUACACACUCACCGUUUCAUCGUGGGCAUCUCUCUUGGCGAGCAAUUCGCUUAUCUGGCACGUCAGUCUUCGAAACCCCCCAGAACAUGCAUCCGACAGGGGUUCCGAUCUGCACUGUCACCUAUUUGAUUUAUUACUGGCAUGUCUACAGCGUUCUCGUUCACUCGGACAAAUGACUAGCGAUGAAUCCACUGUGGUGUACACGGAGGAAAGCUUAGCUCCUCCUGCUCCUCCGCCACCAAAACAAUCCACCAUGCAAGCGAAGUUUGGUACCCCGACCUCCGGAUACCCUGCAGCAGACGCGCGCGGCAAUCCCCGUCCGCAAGUCUUUCCUGCAUUGCAUUCGCCGUGUUGAUGAAUUGCGUAUGCUGCACCACAUCCUCAUGUGUCUUGCUGAACUUCUCCCCGAGCAUCACGGUCAACUUCUGAUAUUUUGGCUCUGCUGCCAUACUUUCCGGGUAUGGGUGAUGGCGUCAACAAACAAUCAAAACAACGCGCCUACAGUACCGCGCAAUCCUUCACCCCCUUCGCCUAAUCCAUGGUGGAACAAACAUUGCGGAGACAAGGCAUCGUGCAUCACGCUAACAACCUGUCUACAGUCUGCGUCGUAUCGUCGUUUGGAAUUGUCCGGACUGUCGUGUGUGCUCUGUCUCAUCGAUCCAUGCGAGCAUCGGAUCAGAAGACGAACUGUUCGUCAGUACAUCCGCAGGACGGGGCAUGGAAUAGAAUACACCCAGCGAUGACCAGCAUGAGACCUGUCCGCCCCAUCCUGAGUACCUGAUGCUAUUCUCCGUAGAUGCCAAUCAAUGCUCAGAGGCGACUGCAUGCCCGAUUAAUGGAUUCAUGUACACCGAGUGCAUACGCACGACGGUCUUGAACGCGCAGUGGUGUCUACAUCAUGUAGCGCA